AAUAAGUCUCGCGCCUAUAGGAGACUGCAUUUCACUUCACAUCUUGCGUGGUAAGCGUUCGUAUUUUAAUUAAGUAGUUUAUAAAUCAAUCCGAAACCAACAUGAGGGAAAUUGUACACAUCCAGGCCGGCCAGUGCGGUAACCAGAUCGGCGCUAAGUUCUGGGAGAUCAUCUCCGACGAGCACGGCAUUGACCCAACUGGUGCGUACCAUGGCGAUUCUGACCUUCAAUUGGAGAGGAUUAACGUAUACUACAAUGAAGCAUCCGGCGGCAAAUAUGUACCUCGUGCCAUUCUUGUCGAUCUGGAACCCGGCACCAUGGACUCUGUCCGCUCGGGACCUUUCGGACAGAUUUUCCGUCCGGAUAACUUCGUGUUUGGACAGUCCGGCGCUGGUAACAACUGGGCUAAGGGACACUACACGGAAGGUGCUGAACUCGUCGACUCGGUUCUCGAUGUCGUGCGGAAAGAGGCGGAAUCCUGCGAUUGCCUGCAGGGAUUCCAACUGACACAUUCGCUUGGCGGCGGUACCGGAUCCGGCAUGGGCACAUUGCUCAUCUCUAAGAUCCGUGAAGAAUACCCCGACAGGAUCAUGAACACCUAUUCGGUUGUACCGUCGCCGAAGGUGUCUGACACCGUCGUUGAACCCUACAAUGCCACCUUAUCUGUUCACCAGCUCGUUGAGAACACCGACGAGACCUACUGCAUUGAUAAUGAAGCUCUCUACGAUAUCUGCUUCAGGACGCUGAAGCUCACCACCCCCACAUACGGUGAUCUUAACCAUCUCGUGUCACUCACCAUGUCUGGCGUCACUACCUGCCUCCGUUUCCCGGGUCAAUUGAACGCCGAUCUGCGUAAGCUCGCCGUCAACAUGGUGCCAUUCCCGCGUCUCCAUUUCUUCAUGCCUGGAUUCGCCCCAUUGACCUCGCGCGGCAGCCAACAAUACAGGGCCUUGACCGUUCCGGAGCUCACCCAGCAAAUGUUCGACGCCAAGAACAUGAUGGCUGCUUGCGAUCCACGCCACGGCCGCUACCUCACCGUCGCCGCCGUCUUCAGAGGACGCAUGUCCAUGAAGGAGGUCGACGAACAGAUGCUCAACAUUCAGAACAAGAACAGCAGCUACUUCGUUGAAUGGAUCCCCAACAACGUCAAGACUGCCGUCUGUGACAUCCCACCACGUGGUCUGAAGAUGUCUGCCACCUUCAUCGGCAACUCCACCGCUAUCCAGGAAUUGUUCAAGCGCAUCAGCGAACAAUUCACUGCUAUGUUCAGGCGUAAGGCUUUCUUGCAUUGGUACACUGGCGAGGGCAUGGACGAGAUGGAAUUCACUGAAGCCGAAUCUAACAUGAACGACUUGGUCUCCGAGUACCAGCAAUACCAGGAGGCUACCGCCGAUGAGGAUGCCGAAUUCGAUGAGGAAGCCGAACAAGAAGUCGAUGAGAACUAAAUUUGUAUUAAUAACUUUUACUUUAUCCUUUAAACAUCGCUGGAGCAGUUUGAUCUGAUGCUUUAUUUCUAUUUGUGAACAUUAUUUUUUGUACAGAAACACAUUCCCAUCGAAUACAUAAUUACUUAACUUA